GGGGCCAGUGACGAUGGAUCGGAAGGAGCGGAUCGGCCCGCAGCAGCGCGCACCGGAACCGAAUAUUCGAACGAUAGCAGCGUGCUGACGGCAAUACUGAAAUCCGACACAUCGAACGGACCGGGAACGACGGCGACGGAAGCAACCGGAAGCUCGAAACCACCGACGCAGACGACGAUGACGGCGGCAAACACGACACCAUUGGAGCCUACAUCCUCGAAAAUUACGGCCAACUCCUCCAAGGCCCACCGGGCGUCCCGCGCGGCCAAGCAAUCGAUAAUGGCCAACGGGCGAGCGAAAACGAACGUCGGCCGCCAUCACAAUCACUAUCAUCCUAAUAACAGCAGUCAGCAGCAGGCUCAGGUCUGCGCAGUCCAGCAGCACACCCAGCAGCCAGCACCGCAGCCGCUGGGCAAGCACUACCACAUUCCGCUCGAUACGUACCAGCCGCUUCAGCCGCUGCACCUGACGAACCUGCGGUUUGCCCCGGGGCCCUGUUGCCAUCCAGCGGGCCCAUCAGCACCCUCCAGUUCGACUGCGGCGGGGCCAGCGCGGCCAAAGCCACAGACACUCUCACUUGCGCUGCCACCGUGUAAUGGGUCCUACCUGAGCCAGCUAUCGGCGGCUUCCCUGUCGACGAAGUCUUCCCAUCAUCAUCAGCAUCACGUUCUUCCGCAUCAGCCGGCCACCCGCAUUGCCACGAUCUCAUCGCCGAUGUCACCCACUUCCUGCUGCAGCCAACGACCGACCGAACUGCAGCCGACGACACCCAACUCGGACGCCACCACACCGACCCUGGUCAAGGUGAAGACCUGGUACACGGUGACCAAGCAGGGCCUCUCGUACUGA